AUGUAUCUCUCUCUCUCUCUCUCUCUCUCUCUCUCUCUCUCUCUCUCUCUCUCUCUCUCUCUCUCUCUCUCUCUCUCUCUCUCUCUCUCUCUCUCUCUCUCUCUCUCUCUCUCUCUCUCUCUCUCUCUCUCUCUCUCUCUCGUGUUCGCGACCCCAGCGCCCCUCUCCUACCCGCGCUGCCCUUUUGGCUCGUUUUCUUCUUUCUCUCUCUUUCUUUCUCUCUCUCUCUUUCUUUCUCUCUCUCUCUUUCUUUCUCUCUCUCUCUUUCUUUCUCUCUCUUUCUUUCUCUCUCUCUCUCUUUCUUUCCUCUCGAUGUUGGGGGACGAGAAGAGAGUAUAG